AAGUGGAAAAGAAAAAGUAGUGAGUGUACGCGUUUCUGCUUCGGUCCCGCUGUUGCAAAAUUUGCAAUAUUUUCCUCGAGUAGCGUUCGUUUGUUCGUCAAAAUUAUAUCAAAAUGAGCUCGGCGGUUAUGUUAUUCGCAUGUUCCAAGUGCUUUUCACGCCAUCCGUUCGAGGAAUUGUCCCCGGGGCAACAACUUUGCAAGGAUUGCCGCGGAUCAUUUCCGAUCGUCAAAUGCACGUACUGCCGUACGGAGUUCCAGCAAACUAGCAAAGGAAGCACGGCUGCUAUCUGCAAAAAGUGCGAGCAAAAUGUUAAGCAGUAUGGAAAGCCUUCUGCAUGCGAACUGUGCAACAUCAUUGCCGCAUUUAUUGGAUCCAAAUGUCAAAGGUGUACAAACUCCGAGUUAAAAUAUGGACCAGCGGUAACUUGCGAUCAAUGCAAACAGCGAUGUGCCUUUAAUAGGCCAGACUAUAAGGUCGAUGGCAAGUUGCUGUGCUGGCUCUGUACGUUGUCCUACAAGCGUGCGCUGACCAAGGCACGCCAGGCGGAAAGCGAUCGCCGUCGAGCGAAGAAGCGUGGAGCCGAAGGUGGUCCCCCGCCGUCGAUGUCGUCAGCAUCGAAUACCGGUUCGGGCAGUGGCGGAGGAGCCAAUAGCGGCAGCAACACUACCACCGGACCGCUCGGAUCCAGUGCAAACUCCGGUAGCCGUGGUGACCGCAGCACAGGCGACAAGAGCAGCAGCAGCAGCAGCUCGAUGAACCGCGGUGCAUCCAGCUUGCCUCCGUUGGGUGACAUUAGCACGAAUUCGGGACCGGUCGAGGUUCCGGAGAACGUUUCAUCGGUAGGAUCUUCCGCCGCUGGAGGGAUGGACCGCGUAGACAACGCCCGGAACGACAACGGUCGCCAUUCGUCCAGCAAGAAACCGCGUACGGACAUGAAACCGAUCCAGGAGAUUCCGGAAAAGUUGGCCAAAAGUGCCCAUCACCACCACCACCACACGAAGUACGUCGAUCCACACAGCUCGGAUCAUGUCAUUGCUAUGACCCAGCUGAAGGAGACGAUAGCCACGCUGCAGAGGAAGGUGAAGCAGAAGGAUAGUAUUAUUCUGGAGAAGGAGAAGGAGAUUAGCGCAUGGAAGGGUAAACAUUUGUAUCUGGAGCAGGAUUUGAUGAGAAAAUACAAAGAUAUGGAGAAGAACUAUGAGUUUAAGCUGGAGGUGUUGAACAAAAAGCUUAAAUCGCAGCUGACGGAGAUUGCUCAGCUAUCGAAGGCGGCAAAGGAUGCCGUAGAGAAGAAGAAAAAACCGAUUGGCUUUUUGGCGACCACGAAGCUGCACAAGCUCAAACCGGAAACGAAGGAAAAGGAACGCGAGAAAUCCGGAGGAAGAAAUCGUAUCAUCGAAGAAGAGGAUGAGGACGAGGAGAAGGAGGACAAAGAAAACGAGAGCGAUAGAGGAGAAUCUGGCACAAAUACUCCGAAGGACGCUGGAAAGGAAAGCCCCCGGGAUAUCGAUUCUGGCAAGGAAAGCCCACGUGACUCGGAUAAGGAGGAUGAUAAGGACGAUGACGGCGAUAAAAAGAACAAGAAGGAAAUUGACUCCGAUAAGGAGAAAGACGACGAGCAGAGUAAGAGCAACGGGUCUGCUAAGGAAGGUAACGAUUCAGAUAAGGAGAAUGAUGAGAAGAAAGAGGAUGAGAAGGAAACAGAGAAAGAUGAGGACAAGGAAAGCGACGAGAAGGAUCGCAGCUCUGAGCGUGGUUCCGAGAAAGGAUCGCGUCGAAAUUCCGAGCAUGGCUCGGAUAAAGGAUCUGACAAUGAGUCGGAUAAGGAAUCCGAUCAUGGCUCUGACAAGAAAUCAGACAGUGGCUCCGAAAAGGGCUCAGCCAAAGGGUCUGAUCGCGGCUCGGAUAAAGGAUCCGAUCGUGGUUCCGACAAGGGCUCAGAUCGCGGGUCCGACCGUGGCUCAGAUCGAGGUUCAGACAAGGGAUCCGAUCGUGGUUCAGACAAAGGCUCGGACCACGGCUCCGACAAGGAAAGUGACAACGAAUCCGAUGAUCGAUCAGCCAAGGGUAGCGACAAGGAUAGCGGCUCUGACAGUGGAUCCGAUCGAGACAGUGACCGUGACUCAGAUUAAAUCUGGAGCUGCAUCUCAGCGUUUGGAAUCGGUUAUUUUAUCAAUAACAAACGAACAAAAACAAGAAGGAACUAAUGUUAUCCUUAACUUUUACUCUAAGAUAUACCUUAAUGUAGGCGCAUAUGCUCUAUCUUCCGUUCGUUGUUCUUUUCUCGCUACACUACAUUUUUGUCCAAGCAAAGGCGUCGUCUUUUGUUAUUUGUUGUAAUACAGGAUUACAAAUAUCGUUGAACUACCUAUAUUCCGUACAGUUUUAACCAGCAGCGGAGCAGUUAGCAAACAACGGGUACCAACACAUAGAACUAAUAUAAUCAAAAGUACCCAUAAUAUAUGGGAUUGAUCAAGCUCAAAUCAAUUCAUCAACCCCCUUGGCGAAUCCUAGAAAUAUUCAAAUAGAUACGAACUUCUAGAUGUAGUGCAUGUGUUUCCAGUACUUCUUUUGUUUCCUUUUUACAUCCUCGUUUUGACCUUGUAUCUUGAUAAAAUGGAAAAGGAAAACACUCAAGAAAAACUAAAAAAAAAAUCCUUAACUGUAAGAUCUUUCUCCCCAAUCAGCUGUAAUUUAUAAUUUAGUUUUUUUUAAUUGGCAUACUUAGAAACUACACCGUGUAAUGAGAAAAAUAAAUACUUAACAGAGAAAUCAAAUA